AUGAUUGAUACAGGUGCCAACCGAACUUUUAUUUCAUUACAAGCCUUACCUACUUCACAUAAUCGACAAUUCAUUAAUAAAAAACAAAAAAGUGCUUCCUUAGCUGAUGGACAUACAUCCAUUUCUAUUUUAGGCACUUUAGAUUUACAUAUUAUUAUAGGUGAUAUGUCAACUACGAUUAAAGCAUAUGUGGUGAAAGAUUUAUGUGCUGAAUGUAUAUUAGGAAUGGAUUUUAUUAGUAAAUAUAAAGUUAUAAUUAAUGCCGAUGCACGUGUGGUAUCAAUAUAUGAUGAUGAAAAACGUAUAACAUUAGAAUUUGAUGUUAACCAGGAAGAAAUU